GGGCAAGCAAGGUUUUGUUCUUUGUGUGCAGGGUGGAGUGACAGAACAGGAUGAGAUAUGCACUUGUGAUAGUAAGUAGGAAGGAAACAAAUAGAUGCCUCCCUCAGAUAUAAAGUCUAGCUGGUGAUUCCUGCAAGUGGCAUUUCAUUGAUGCAACACAAAGGUAGAAACCGUGCCAGAGCACCUAUGUCCAAUACAACCAUCACCUCCAAUGCCUCGGGGGAGCAACAUUUUUGUCCCCUGCUGCAGAUCAUGCAGGAGCAUGCCCUGAACAACCAGACCAAGACCAACUGGAUUGUUGUUUGCUUCCACGGCCUGCUCUCCUGUUUUGGCAUUUUAGAGAACGCCCUGAUCCUUUGGGUGGUGGGUUUCCGUCUCCAGCGUCGUACAGUGACCGCCGUCUGGGUGCUCAAUUUGGCCAUGUCUGACUUCAUGGCCACACUGACACUUCCACUCUUCACUCUCUACCUGGCCUCCUCCCACAGUUGGGAGCUUGGCAACGCUCUCUGCAAAAUACAAGCAUCCAUCUUUUUCUUGAACAUGUUUGUGUCCGCCUUCCUACUAGCAGCCAUUUCAAUGGACCGAUGCCUUCUAGUAAUCAAACCGGUGUGGUGCCAGAAUCAUCGAUCGGUGGCGCAAGCGUGGAAGGUGUGUUUGGUGGCUUGGCUGUGGGCAGCAAUUAAUACAUUUCCUUACUUCCUAUUUCGCUCAGUGACCGAGACUGCGGAUAAAAGGAAACUUUGCUACCAUAAUUUUGCCCUGCAUCAAACAUCGGAAGCCACACUUGAAAGAGACUGUGAAGUGAGGCAAACAGCCACAGCUGUCUCCAAACUUUUGCUGGCAUUCCUGAUUCCCCUCAUGGUGAUUGCGGGAAGCUACAUCCAAAUUGGACUCAGCCUGAGGAAAAGAAGUCAGAAGAGGAUGCAACAGAGCAUCAAGUUAAAUGAGGCGUUAAUUGGAUCAAACAAUAAUGCCACGUCGGGAGCUCCAACGCCACUUGUUUUUCCUCGAUCAUCCUUGAUACCUCCACCCUUGUCCCCAGGCACAUCUUUUCGUCUCAACCCUCACAACCAGCUGUCCCAGAGCUUCACAAAGAUGGUGACAGCUGUGAUUUCAGUAUUUGCCCUAUGCUGGGCUCCCUAUCACAUCUUCUGCAUGAUUGAGGUGUCAGCCCUAUACUACCAGGAAAACCUUAAAGUGGUGGAGGUGGGAUUGCAUCUCGCCACAACCAUUGCCUUCUUCAAUUCAGUGCUGAAUCCCAUUCUGUACGCCUUUAGCUGCCCGCACUUUUGCGUGAGGAUAAGACAAAGCCUGGGAGCUGUCUUUGAUGGACUCGUAGAGGAGGGAGGAGGAAAACGAUUGUCUUCAAGAUUCGGUGUACAAGCUCAUAUGAGGCCAAAAUGCAGUCGAGGUUCCUGCUAUACCACCUCACGAUCACCAAGGACUCCUUUACCUGGCCUUCCACCAAAAUUGGAUACUACUAACAAAUAAGAGAGCCUCAGUGAUGUCCAUAAAGCAUUGCGACUCAAGCAAUGAUGAACAACAUGUCUGAAUUUGUGCAAGGCUUUAGUCGUCUGGAGGGUCAGGAAUGAGGGUCAUCCCAGUUGACACAUCUCUACAAAAACAGUUUGCAUUCUUACUGAUAUUAAUACGGUUGAAUCAUUUUUGCUCUUCACACGUAAAUAAAAACUACCAUGCAAAGCAAAAACCAUGCAUCAACAAUGCCUCGAAACAUCAUUGGCAUAUCUGGGCUUGAGCUCAUCUGUGAUAGACUGACUCUCAGCGGAUAAGUAUGCUGUGGUUAGACGAGUUUGCAUUUAACAUUGUUUUGGAAAAUGGACAUUGUAUCCUCAGGACCAAAGUUCAAUGGCCAGUAUGUGUUAUGAGCACGGUAUAUUUCACUUGCACAUAUUUGAAAGCAUCACUAACCCUGGAUACAUGUUUUGGAGCAACAUAUGCUGCCAACCAUGCAAUAUAUUUUCCCGGGACAUCCCUGCUUAUUUCAGCAUGACAUUACCGAGACACAUUACAACUGUAACUGUUACAAGGUACAUCAGCGGAGACCCUGGACUGUUGAGUAACUGUAGCCGUACAUCAAGCAAGAAUGGGAAAGGAUUCCACCUACAAAGCUUAAACAAUUUGUGUUUUGACAGGGAAAGUGAUGUAAAUGUAGUAAAUGUGCACCUGUCUGAGCUAUUUCAAAUUGUGUUUAAAGUAUCAAAUUCAAAAUAAGUGAAUAUUUGGAAACACGCGCACACACACGCAUAAAGUUGAUCAGUUUGAGCAUUAAUUAUGUCAUCUUUGUCGCAUAGUCAACUGAAUUAAAACUGAAAAGGAUUUGAAAGUAA